CUUGUUUUUGUAAGCGUACAUUGAUGAAUUCGUUAAUUUAGACAAUGAACUGUCGUUGCCGUUAUUCGGGAUAUGACGGAACCCUGUCUGAUUUUCACGUGUCAUUAAAUUUUAAUAAAAUCGUAACUAUGUCUUCUAAAAAGACCUUUACUUACCUAUGUAAUUUUUCAAAUUCAGCAAGACAUGGAAUAUCGGACAUUCAAUCUAAUUAUAGCGAACAGUUGUUCCUCGCUGAAAACAAUUUGAUACAUUGAACAUCUACGAAAGCCUAUUGAUUUCAUAUUCGUAGUGGAAAAGAAAUAAUUUUUCGCAUUAUACCACAAACCUUUGCGAUUAAACGCGUAAUUCCCAUCGAGUUGACUUUCAAAAAAAAAAGAAAAAAUCACGUUAUAAUAAAACGCGAAUAAAUGCGUAACAUUCGCAAAUAAACGCAUAAAAUGCUAAACCUUCGCGAAUAAACGUGUAACUUUCGCGAAUAUAAUGAACCCUAAACUUAGCAGAAAUCAAUCACAGAGAAUGCAAAGAUUAAAAAUACUUAUUAACAAUCAUGAAAAGAAAAAAAUAUAUCAAUAACAAAUAACUGACUUACGAUGGGUGUAAAACGUCAGUGUCCCCCACACGAGAUUAUAAACAGUUCAAUCCAAAAUCCCCAAAUCUUAUUUUCUGAGUGCUUGUGCUUAAUAUCACAAAAUUUACAGUGAACGUACAGGAAAUGAAGCUUCUAGACCUUUCGGCAUUAGAACGCUUAGCUUUGACUUCAAGCUCCUUUUACACAUUCACUGAUGAGACGCCGGAUCACCCCGGAUUGUCAUUUGAUCCGUGAUGGUCCGUGACAAUCCGUCAUCACCGUGUAUGUGUCCGGCGUCGUCCGGGACCAUCUGGCUUGGUCAAGCCAAACCGUGAAAAAAAAAAUUAAAGCCCCUUCCACACAUUAACGGAUCAGACGCCGGAUCGUCAAUCCGUGAUAAUCCGUCAUCACCAUGUACAAACCGUUUACGCAUCCGGCGGCGUCCGAAACCAUCCAGCAUGGUCACACUAUAAACCGGGAAACAUUAAGCGUGCUUUAUUUUUUCCCCGGAUUGUCCCGGAAGAAAAUCCAUCGUAUUGAUCCGUGUACCACCGUGUAUCAACUGAGAGGUCCGUGUAUCAACCGAGAGGUCCGUGUAUCAACUGAGAGGUCAGUGUAUCAAUCGAAAGGUCCGUGUAUUAGCUGAGAGGUCUGUGUAUCAACCGAGAGGUCCGUGUAUCAACCGAGGCCUCCGUAUAUCAACCGAGAGGUCCGUGUAUCAACCGAGAGGUCCGUGUAUUAACUGAGAGGUCCGUAUAUCAACCGAGAGGUACAUGUAGCCACCGAAAUAACUGUGUAAAGUCUGGGAUCAUCUGUGUACGAAACUUGUCUGCUAAAGAACACGGAUAUCUACGGAUUGUUCCCGGUAACUAUACGGACAGUCACGAUAAAAGCAGGGGAGAAAGACCGUGAUAAUCCGUGGACAUCCGCGUAUCUCCGUGAAACAACCGUGGAUGGACUGGCAGAAACUGUGAUCUUCCGUACGCUCUGUGAUCACGCCAGCACCGACUGGGAUUUUUUCCGGGGACAUACGGUAGUUACCGUGCUUAUCCGUAGAGAAACCGGCGUUUUCCGUGUCUGCAUCAUGAUAAGACCGUGUUAACACCGGCAUUACCACGUCACAGAACCCAAUUUGAAAGAUGCCGAAUCACCCCGAAUGACUAGAAUUUUGCAUCCAGCGUCGACCGGCUCCUGAUCCGUGAAUGUGUGAAAGGGGCUUAAACCAUUCAUGCGAUGGUACAAUGGGGUAUUUAAUAUUAAACAAGGCACAAAAAAAGUUGCGUUGAUGCAUUGUGACGUCAUCAGUUCCAGAGAGGCGUUGUAGGGAAUCAAAUUCGGAAAGUCGGAUCACGCUGUGGAUUAUUGCUGGAUGUAUAAUAAGUAGGAUCACGCUGUGUAUUAUUGCUGGGUGUAUAAUAAGUAGGAUCACGCUGUGUAUUAUUGCUGGGUGUAUAAUAAGUCGGAUCACGCUGUGUAUUAUUGCUGGGUGUAUAAUAAGUCGGAUCACACUGUGGAUUAUUGCUGGGUGUAUAAUAAGUCGGAUCACGCUGUGGAUUAUUGCUGGGUGUAUAAUAAGUCGGAUCACGCUGCGGAUUAUUGCUGGGUGUAUAAUAAAUGCACUUAACAAGUGUUACAUAAUCUUUACACUGAAGCGACAAACAUCGUUCUAAAAAAUGAACGUCUUGAAUAAAUUGUCCAGGUCACAUGUAUCAAGUACAAAUGUUUAGUGCACAACCACAAACGUAAGCGUUCUGACGCGAAACUUUAAAUACACUGUGCUUUGCUUAUAAACGCAGAACGGUGGCAUAAAGCACAGGCAACUGCAUCGCUUGGGGGUCGAAUUUACUAUAUAUAGAAAAUUCAACCCCCCAAGCGAUGCAAUUGCCUGUGGCAUAAAGCCCACUCAAUGUUAUAUAGAUUUGUUCCUUACAAUGGAGAAUAAUAAUGAUAUGACUUGCCCAGUUGUACUUUGUACGGAUCUCUUGAUGUAAUAUAACUGCUUUAUGUAAGCAGAUCAUCCUACUGACCUUAAAUUUUGGAACGUAUUUUGUGUUAGUCAUGCACGUAGGAGAUAUCUUUUUCAAUUAAAAAAAAAGGGACUUUAUUGCAACAUCUAGAGAUAGCAGUUAAGGGAAAUAUGGAUUCAUCUAUUAUCGAAAGAAAACGGUCACUAAGUGCUUUCUGGAGACAAUAUGACGGAUUUUUAAGGUUCAGACAAACAAUGGGAGCUGUGGUGUUCGGAUCAGGAAUCGUGAUCGCUCUGUCCCUGGUGGGAACCGGCUAUACCUCGGUCGGAAUACUGUCCAUGGUAGCCGUCGCACUGGUCAGUCUCGCGGACUAUUUAUAUGUUCCCAUGCCUGCUAUUGCGGACGAAAAGGUUCAAAGACAAAAGAUCUUGGCUAAACUCCGGCUUGGCAAUCUCUGGAUAUGGCUGCAGACCUUGAUGGGAAGAGAACACAUAAUGCAGAUAGCUCGUAGAAAUUUUCACCCAGAAGCAACAAAAAAUCCACCGGAUCCGGAAGUUAUGACGGAAGACAUGGAAUUAGACGGUGUUACUGUUCGUAUUUACCAACCAGCCGACCUGCAGGGUGAGGAGAAACUUCCAGGAGUUGUAUAUUUUCACGGAGGCGGAUUCUGUUGGGAAAGUUUCGGACUGUAUGACAUUAUGAUUAAGACGAUGCUGAAACUAAAGAGAAUGGUCGUCGUCUAUGUGAGAUAUCGUUUAGCGCCAGAAUUCCCGUUUCCUGCUGCAGUUGAUGACUGUUUCACAGUCACACGAUACGUGCAGAAGAACACCAAACAGUUUAAAAUGGAUCCCCAGAGACUUGCUUUAAUGGGUGAUAGUGCAGGUGGAAAUUUAACCAUGAAUAUGCUGAUUAGAAUGAUCACAGAAGCUGUGCCAGACCUUCCCAAGUUUAAAGUUCAGAUAGCUAUAUACCCAUACAUCCAAGCCUUGGAUUUUAAGACACCUUCCUACCAAAUCUACGACAAUAAUAAAACACCAACAUUGCUGAAUGCUGAUCUCAUGAUAAAAUUCUUGGUCACCUAUGCUCUUGGAUUUGCAACGUUUGACGAAUCGGAAAUAAGAAAGUUGCUGGAAAACAAGCAUUGGACUACGGAAUUGAGAAACUCUAAUCUUCCAAAACUUGUUCAUAAUGAUGUUCUUCCGGAAAAUUUAGAAAGACCGAACAUAAAAAUGCCAGUAUCAAAGUCCAUUGAUUCGUCACUGGCAAGGAAGUUCAACGACAUAUUUUUGGAUCCGAGGUUUUCACCACUUUUAGCUGAUGAUGAAAUUCUUGGAAAGAUGCCUAAAACAUAUGUCAUGUCUACCGAGUUAGACUGCAUUAGGGACGAUGCGUUUUUCCUCACCGACAGAUUGCGUAAACUGGGUGUUGACGUCACUCAUCGGCAUUGGGGUGGGAUGGACCAUGCAUUUUUAGUCUUCAGUACUUACGAAAGUUCUUUGAAAGCUUUACAGGAAAUCACAAAUUACUUGAAUGACAACCUUUAGACUUUACCACUUACAAAAGCACCGACUUGAACUUAUAGUGGAUUUGACCUUUGUUUAACUAUUACAAAACGUAACCCUUUCUAUAAUACAUUAUGCAACAAGUAUCUUUAUUUUUAUCCCGCUUCAGACAAAUUUGUAAAUAAUUGAUUGGAUAAAAGCUAAUCACAAGACGCCCUGAAAUUCUGUUAUCCCGCUUCAAACAAAUUUGUAGAUGAUUGAUUGGAUAAAAGCUAAUAAUCACACGACGCCCUGAUAUAUUUUAUAUCAGGUUUCCAUCUGGAGGGUGUAUUAGUUUGACAACUGUGAUGUUACUAACGAAUCACAUCACGCCCCUAAAUUUUUUAUAUUGAUUCGGCAAACUUCGGCAGAUUCCGGUACCCUAGCUACAUCUAACCGAGGUGAUCCUGGUGCCGUUCAGAGAGUUUGACAAAUGUGACGUCACUUACGAAUGAUAUGACGCCCGGAAAUUUCAAUACACCGCCUCCAUGAAAGGGUAUAUUGGUCUGACAGCUACUGUAGCUUUCAAUAUAUGCCGGGGUCCAAUGAUACCGCGGUACUUAACGAUUUCGAUUUGUUUUAAGAUCUGUCACCCUGAUUUCAGUCAAUUGUAAAUAUUUUGUAAAUACCUUA